CAAUGAAAAAUGGCGCGUUGUGCUCCGACGAUUCUGAGACUGAGUAGGCACAGAGAAGAGGGAGGGGAAAAACUAUGGGGAGGAAGAAGACAGUGGAGUUCGAUGAAUCACCGCCGGACGAUUUCGAUGCGGAGCAUCCGUACAAGGAUCCAGUGGCGAUGCUGGAGAUGAGGGAACAUAUUGUGAGAGAGAAAUGGAUCGAAAUCGAAAAGGCGAAGAUACUGAGGGAAAAACUAAGAUGGUGCUACCGCAUCGAAGGAGUCAACCAUCUUCAGAAAUGCCGCCACCUUGUUCAGCAAUACCUUGAUUCCACUCGCGGCAUCGGUUGGGGCAAGGAUGGACGCCACCCAUCUCUUCAUGGUCCUAAAGUGGAGGCGGUCGAAGCUGAGUAAAUUUCUGGUAGGAAUAACGGGUUGCCGAGAGGGGUCUUUGGCCACUUAGUUUUGAGAACAUUUGAAAAAAAUGGUGUGAGACUUGUUGAGGGAGGGAGGGGUGAAACUGAAGGUUGUAUCCAAGUUGUGCAGAGUAGGGUGGUUUGGAAGUUGACAAUCUAGCAAAUAAGAACUUUGCUCUUUUUACUAAGCUGGUAUGGCAUUACCCUUGAAGUCUGAUGCAGAUAUAGGCGUCACUCGUCCUUAGUCGAAGGCGUUAUAAGAUCAAAGCAGAGCUUUUGGAUAUUUCCUCCAACGAAGAAGCAUCUUGGAAACAAGAAUGCAAAUUGAGAUGGACACUAGAGGGGGACAAAGACAACAACUUAUUCCAUAGAUUCAUUCAUGUCCACAAGAAGGAGACAGAACACCGUUGUUGUGAUUUUAUCCAGAGAUGGCAUUAGUUUGGUCUUGAACACUGAUAUGGAGAUCGAAUUCAUUGAUUUUUACAUGACGUUAUACAGCAAGGGUCAAGUUAGUAGACUUCCUCCAAUCAUUGAAAAUUGGGCUCCAAUAUCAGCAUCUCAAUCCUUCGACAUUGAAGCCUCUUUAACAGAAGAGGAGAUUGGGAAUGCAAUAAAGGACCUAAGAUCCAAAUCAUCUGGACCAGAUGGUUAUACCACUGAAUUCUUUAAAAAGCAUUGGAACAUUCUUAAGGAUGGCAUUAAGGGAGUCUUCCAAGACUUUAUUCAGAAUGCCAUCAUCAAUGCAAGCCUUUACAAAGUUUAUAUUUGCCUCAUCCCGAAGAAGAGUGAUGCCAAAUCUGUGGGAGAUUAUAUGCCCAUCACCCUUACCUCAUGCCUGUAUAAGAUCGUGGGCAGGUCCUUUCAGAGCGUCUUAAGAAGUUCCUUCCCCUCACUCUCUUAGUUUCAACUUGCAUUCAUGGUUGACCGACAGAUUACUGAUGCAUACUUAAUUGCAAAUAAUCCCAUAGAGGAAUACAUGUUGUCCUUGAGGGGGUUGUUAUCAAAUUGGAUACAAAAAAAGCCUUUGUAUGGUUGGUUGAGACUUUUUUUUACAAUAUUCUGGCCGGCUAAAGGUUCUGGAACAAAGUGGCCAAAGUGAUUUUAGGGCUGUAUUUCUCGGCUAAUUACUCCAUCAUCAUUAAUGACAAGUCUAGUGAUCAAA